AUGGCUCCUAAGCUCGGUUACUGGAAAAUCAGAGGCCUUGUACAACCGACUCGUCUUCUUUUGGAAUAUGUUGGCGAAGUAUAUGAAGAGCGUUUGUAUGAUCGCAAUGAUGGUGAUGUCUGGCGAAACGAAAAGUUCAAUUUGGGUCUGGAAUUUCCUAAUCUACCUUAUUAUAUUGAUGGUGAUGUUAAAUUAACACAGUCUAUGGCUAUUUUACGUUAUAUAGCUGAUAAACACAAUAUGUUGGGUGGUUGUCCCAAAGAACGUGCAGAAAUUUCUAUGCUUGAGGGAGCCAUUUUGGAUAUCAGACUUGGUGUUUCAAAAAUUGCAUAUAAUAAAGAAUUUGAAACUCUCAAAGUUGGUUUUCUCAACCAACUCCCUGGAAUGCUGAAAAUGUUUGAAAAUCGUUUAUCUCACAAAAUAUAUUUGAAUGGCGAUAAUGUGACUCAUGUUGACUUCAUGCUGUACGACGCUAUUGAUGUAGUUUUAUACAUGGACCCAAAGUGCUUGGAUGCAUUUCCAAAACUAAUUAGUUUCAAACAGCGCAUAGAAAAUUUACCACCAAUCAAGAACUACCUGAAUUCUGACAAGCACAUAAAAUGGCCUCUGCAAGGCUGGUCCGCCAUUUUUGGUGGUGGAGAUGCUCCUCCAAAAUAA